AAAGAGGAGCAAGCGAGUCGGGAGCGUGAAGCGGGGAAAAGCAGGCGAGCGAGGAAGCAACGCGGAAAGAGAGCGAGACAAACCCCCGAUUCGGGCACUCGGCCCGCUUGUUCGCUUCGUUUCCUCCGCCGUACGGCACGCCUCCAGGCCCCCACUUGCCCCCACCCCCUCCACUCCCCAGUCCCCUCCCUGCCACGGCCACCCGGUCCAUCCCCGGCGCCGGCGCCGGGUAGCUCCAACCGCGCGCGCCCGCCCACCCCGAGGUGUUCGCCCUCCCGUCACUCGCCGCGUGGACGGCUCGAUCAGGGGGUGCGGUGUCAUCUCUCCUGAGGACGCGGCGCGGCGAUGGCCGGGGAGGCGUCGCCCGGGCGGUACGUGCGGCGCCGCGACGAGAUCGACGACGAUGGCGGCUGCGACGACGUGCUGGCUGUCGACGUGCGGGGCCCGGACGCUGACCCGUUCGACAUCCCCGCCAAGCGCGCCCCCGUCGAGCGGCUGCGGCGCUGGAGGCAAGCUGCGCUUGUCCUCAAUGCUUCUCGACGGUUCAGAUAUACACUUGACCUAAAAAAGGAGGAAGAAAAGGAACAGAUAAGGAGGAAGAUUAGGGCUCAUGCUCAAGUCAUACGGGCUGCAUUACUUUUUAAAGAGGCUGGAGAAAAGCAUAAUGGUGACAGGGAAUUACCAGAAAUUCUCCCCCGGGGCUUUGGAAUUGGAGAGGAGCAGCUUACAACAAUGACUAGGGAUCAUAAUUGUUCUACUCUGCAAGAAUAUGGAGGGGUGGAAGGGCUUGCAAAGUUACUGAAAAGCAACUUAGAGAAGGGAAUCCAUGGAGAUGAAGCAGAUUUGUCGUGCAGGGCCAAUGCUUUUGGGGCUAACAGAUAUCCUCGUAAGAAAGGAAGGAGUUUUUGGGUUUUUCUUUGGGAAGCCUGCCAGGACCUAACACUGGUCAUUCUUAUCAUAGCUGCAGUAAUUUCUCUAGUAUUAGGCAUUGCAACAGAGGGUGUCAAAGAAGGAUGGUAUGAUGGCACAAGCAUUGCGUUUGCUGUCUUUCUUGUGAUAGUUGUUACUGCUGUCAGUGAUUACAAACAGUCCCUGCAGUUCCAACACCUCAAUGAGGAGAAGCAAAAUAUCCAAGUGGAGGUUAUUAGGGGGGGUGGUAGAAGGAUUCCAGUGUCAAUAUUUGAUAUUGUAGUUGGUGACGUAGUGGCUCUAAAGAUUGGUGAUCAAGUCCCAGCUGAUGGUGUUUUAAUCACUGGUCAUUCUCUUGCCAUUGAUGAGUCUAGUAUGACUGGGGAAAGCAAGAUUGUUACGAAGGAUCAAAAGACACCUUUUUUAAUGGGAGGAUGCAAAGUAGCUGAUGGUUAUGGUACCAUGUUGGUAACGGCAGUCGGCCUAAACACCGAAUGGGGUUUAUUAAUGGCCAGCAUUUCAGAAGACAAUAACGAAGAAACUCCAUUGCAGGUGCGGUUGAAUGGAGUGGCAACAUUCAUAGGCAUUGUAGGGCUUGCUGUUGCUGCUAUGGUCCUCGUAGUCCUCUUUGCAAGAUAUUUUACUGGACAUACUACGAACGCAGAUGGUACUGUUCAAUUUGUUAAGGGGCGGACAAAUGUGAAAUCUGCAAUAUUUGGAUCGAUAAAGAUACUAACUGUUGCGGUGACUAUUGUUGUUGUUGCUGUACCUGAGGGGCUACCACUGGCUGUAACACUAACCCUGGCCUAUUCCAUGCGGAAAAUGAUGGCUGACAAAGCACUGGUGCGGAGGCUUUCUGCUUGUGAAACCAUGGGUUCGGCUACAACAAUUUGUAGUGACAAGACCGGUACAUUAACGCUGAACCAGAUGACCGUUGUGCAAUCAAUUGUUGGGGGAACAAAGCUGCAAACUCCUGCUAAUGUUGAUAACUCAUCGCCUACUUUGGAGAACUUGUCACCUACUGUUACUUCUCUUGUACUCGAAGGAAUUGCACAGAAUACUUCAGGCAGCGUGUUUGAAGCAGAGGAUGGUAGCGUUGAGGUAACAGGCUCACCAACUGAGAAGGCUAUCCUUUCUUGGGGUGUUGAGCUUCAUAUGAAAUUUGCGGAGGAGAGAUCAAAAUCUGCUAUUAUCCAUGUCUCUCCAUUUAAUUCAGAAAAGAAGCGUGCUGGUGUUGCAGUGAUUGCGAGAGUUUCAGAUGUUCACAUACACUGGAAAGGAGCCGCUGAAGUUGUUCUUGCCUUAUGUACAAGUUGGCUUGAUGUGGAUGGCUCAACUCAUGAAAUGACACCUGAUAAGGCUAAUCAAUUCAAGAAAUACAUAGAAGAUAUGGCUGAGCAAAGUCUUCGGUGUGUUGCUUUUGCUUAUAGAAAUCUUGAUCUGAAGGAUGUCCCAAGUGAAGAGCAAAGAAUCAACUGGCAAUUGCCAGAUAAUAACCUGACUCUUAUUGGAAUCGUGGGGAUGAUGGAUCCUUGUCGCCCUGGAGUAAGAGAUGCUGUUGAACUUUGUAUCAGCGCUGGUGUACAGGUACGGAUGGUAACUGGAGAUAAUCUGAAGACAGCUAGAGCCAUAGCACUUGAAUGCGGAAUACUCACGGACCCCAAGGCAUCCGCACCAGUUAUAAUAGAGGGAAGAGUUUUCCGUGCUUUCACUGAUGCUGAAAGGGAGGCAUAUGCCGAAAAGAUUUUUGUGAUGGCGAGAUCUUCUCCUAAUGACAAACUUCUCCUUGUAAAAGCUCUUAAGAAAAAAGACCAUGUUGUUGCUGUCACUGGGGAUGGAACAAAUGAUGCUCCUGCAUUGCAUGAGGCAGAUAUUGGUCUUUCUAUGGGCAUCCAAGGAACAGAAGUAGCUAAAGAGAGUUCAGAUAUAAUUAUUCUGGAUGACAAUUUUUCUUCAGUUGUCAAGGUGGUCCGCUGGGGUCGUUCUGUGUAUGCAAAUAUCCAAAAGUUUAUUCAGUUCCAGCUUACUGUUAAUGUUGCGGCUCUUGUCAUCAAUGUGGUUGCUGCCAUUUCCUCGGGAAAUGUUCCUCUAAAUGCUGUUCAGCUUCUCUGGGUUAAUCUCAUCAUGGACACACUCGGAGCUCUUGCAUUGGCUACUGAACCGCCAACAGACCAGCUUAUGAAGCGGCCACCUGUUGGACGGAGAGAACCACUCGUGACUAAUAUUAUGUGGAGAAACUUGCUCAUUCAGGCUGUCUUUCAAGUUGCAGUUCUUCUGACUCUCAAUUUUAGGGGCCGGAAUCUUUUGCAUUUGGCUCAAGACACUCUUGAUCACUCCAGUAAAGUGAAAAAUACAGUUAUAUUCAAUACAUUUGUCUUAUGUCAGGUGUUUAAUGAGUUCAAUUCUCGUAAACCAGAAGAACUGAACAUCUUUGAUGGUGUUUCAAGAAACCAUCUUUUCUUGGCAGUAGUGAGCGUAACCAUUGUGCUGCAGGUGAUAAUUAUUGAGUUCCUUGGGAAAUUUACAUCAACAGUGAGACUCAACUGGGAGCUUUGGCUUGUUUCUGUAGCUAUUGCUUUUGUAAGUUGGCCCUUAGCUUUUGCCGGAAAAUUCAUUCCUGUUCCGAAGACACCAUUGAAGGAUAUCAUCGUAAGGUGCUGGCCCAAACGAAGGAAGCAAGGUGGCGAACAGCAGCACCACUCGCCUGAGGCUGUCUAACCCAGUGGUUGAAAUUAUCAGAUGCUGAGUUGUAAUGCUGGUGCACAUAGAUGUUUGUAUACUUUGGGAUGCUGAUUUCGUCUAACCAUACUACCACCUUUUUACCGGACUAUAGAUUCUGAGGCGAACGUCAGGGAUGGAGGAGAUACUUCAUCCUGGCUGACUCAUCAUCUAGAAUUUGAAGCCAAUGUAAACAAACUAUGUUAUCCUUAGCCUAACGAGGUUCAGGGCCUCCAGCGAUACAUUGCGCAAGUUGUGCACCGGUUUUAAAAUGGAUUAAGUUGGGAAAGCCGCCAUAAGAAAAUUUCAUUUUUGGGCAGGAGUGAAGUGUAGCUCGUUUUCCCUGUAUUAUUUUCUUUUAGAUGCCCUCUAGAUUUUUUUGCCUAACCGGAUACUGGUGUAAAGUCUAAUUACGAUCUGAAUGCUACUGGGGUGUGGUUGAAGGAUUUGACUUUCGUAAUGUACAUUUGCUCACUCUGUCGAGUUACCUUUGGUA